CCGCCUCGACAUGAAGCAGCCCAAGAGGGAGAGGGGGGAUGCAAGGGGCAUUCCGGGCUAGAGGCAGGACCGUCAAUGGAUAUGCUGCGUGUCUGGAGAUGAAACAGAGCUCUUCUUAUUGAGAUUGAUAUAGGCAGAGUACUGAUAAUGAGAGAGAACAGAGGGAUAUCGCGAGAACCGUUGAGGACUGGGGCUGGAAACCCCACGCUCGGAACCGCCUGGGGCUCGUAUCUGGUGCCCUGUCCCUGUCCCUGUCCUUAACAAGUGAUUCUAUAUAUCUCAUCUUGAGAUCCAUCAAAGGUAGACAUGGUCAGGAGUAGGAGGUAUAUGCCAUGCAUGGUCAGUAAGCAGAGACCAAAAAUGGGUCUCCAUCGAGACGAACUCGAGGAGAACGAAGAAGCAGAAGAAGCAGAAGAAGCAGAAGAGAAGAAGAAGAAGAAGAAGAAGAAAAAGCAAGCAUCGACGGCGUCCAUCCUCCACGGCUCGUCCGAACCAGUCAUUGCCAACCAUAUCCAAACUGACUCUACCUCUAUCCAUAACUUCAAUAAGAACCCUCUAGCUCUCCAGGGUAACUGCUCGAGCCCGGCGCUUGGGCAGGCCCUUUACGCUUCAGGGACGAGCAGGAGGCGAAAAAGCAAAGAGCCCAAAUCCUUAGCGAGAGACACCUAAAUGCUCACUUAGUACUCCGUAUGUACAGGCUGUAUCUGAGUAUGCAUGAUGAAAAAGCAAUCAACGGCUGUAAGUAUAUGCCCAUGACUACGGCUGCAACUUGGCAGGGUCAGGGGCUGCAAUGGAGGCCCAGCUCACCCACGCGGAGAAAAGAAGCAUCAGAAGAAGACGCCCGACUGACGAUGAGCAGAGUCGAUACUAGUCAGUCAACUCGGAGUAUCCCUACUGGCAAAAGAAA